AUGCUUUCUCGUAUGAGCGUUCGGACACAUACGCAUAAUGAGGUUCUUACAAAGAACGAUUCAAUAAACAUGUUAAAGAAUAUUGUAAAACUCGGAAUAAGUUUAGUAACGUACUUACGAAAUUUGUUUGAAGAAAAUGCUUAUGAAGAAGUAUGUAUAAACGAAUUAAAAUUAAAAAGGCUCCUACCUAUAAAUCCACAAGCACAUAUGAUUAUAAAUUGGUUAGAAAAAGGAGUUUUUGAAGCUAUCGAAAAAGAAUAUUUAAGAAUAUUAAUAUUAGAUAUUAAUGACAUAUAUGAUAAUACAAUUGAAUGUUAUAAAUUUAGUUUCUCAUAUAAUAAUAAAAAUGGAGAUGAAAUAGACAUCUCCCUAGAAACAUCUAACCAGUAUUCUAAUGCACAUAAUAAUUAUAUGUCUAAUGUCAUAAGUAACAAUAAUAAUAAUAUUAAUAAUAAUAAUAAUUGUGGGACAGGAUACCAACAGCCUAAGCACAAUAUUGUUAAUUAUAAUCAAGAAAAUAAAAAUGGAGAAAUAUCACAAGGUGUAUCUCAAGGUGUAUCGCAAGGUGUAUCGCAAGGUGUAUCGCAAGGUGUAUCGCAAGGUGUAUCGCAAGGUGUAUCGCAAGGUGUAUCGCAAGAUGUAUCAAAAGAUAUAUCACAAGAUGUAUCGCAAGAUAUAUCACAAGGUGUAUCGCAAGAUAUAUCACAAGAUGUAUGCCCAGAUAAAAAUAUAAACGUAUCCCAAAACAAUAAAACAAAUGAAUAUCCACCUGAAAACAACCUUCUAUUAAACAGUAACGAUAUAUACCCUCCUCAAGGUAAUCAUUUUAUGAAUGCACAAAAUCAUAAACAGGAUAAGAAUUAUUAUAUAAAUAAUCAUAAUGAUAAUAAAAAAUCCUAUAUAAAUUAUAAUCGUCUUAAAUGUAUAAAAGAAAGAUUAUUUAAUAAAAAUAAAGAAAAAAAAAUAAUAAAUAAUUUGCUUUUUAAAAAACAAGCAAAAGAUAAAACAUAUGAAUUGUUAAGAUCAUUAGUUUUGCUUACACAAACUUUGGAACCGUUACCAGAACGUACAUACCUAUCUAUGAAAUUAUUAUAUUAUGAUGAAAUUGUUCCUUAUAAUUAUCAACCUCCAUAUUUUAGAAACCCUGAUAAUAAUGAUUUAUUAAAAUUUAUAGAUAUACCCAAUGAAGAUUAUAUAGGGAAAAUAAACACAGGGCAUCAUUUCCUUUCCAUUAUAGUAAAUUCAACUACUAACAAUUUUAUUAAUCAAAAUAUAACAAUGUCUGAACGUGAUGGAGUAUAUUACAAACAUGGUUUUGAGAAACAUACACAUCACCUGAGGAAAAUAGAAAGAACUCAAAGGUAUGAAAAGAAUACAAAGUAUAAGCGUGUAGUGAAAAAUGAUGAGAAUGCAGCUGAGGUCUUUCCCUUAACAAAUGAUGAAGAUGAUGAUGGUGAAGAUGAUGAUGGUGAUGAUAACAAUGAUUAUGAUGAUGAUAAUGAUGAAUACGGAGAAUGUGUAAAAUGUAACAAAUUUCAUAAAGACGAUAGCAAUAUGGAAGAACAUUAUAAUGACGAAUAUAAUUAUGAUGGGCAAUAUUGUGAUGAUAAAAAUUAUUGUAAUAACUAUCCAGAUGGUAACUCUGAUGAUUAUUAUGAUGAUGAUUAUUAUGAUGAUGAUUAUUAUGAUGAUGAUUAUUAUGAUGAUGAUUACUAUGAUGAUGAUUAUUAUGAUGAUGAUUAUUAUGAUGAUGAUUAUUAUAAUGAUGAUUAUUAUGAUGAUGAUUAUUAUGAUGAUGAUUAUUAUGAUGAUGAUUAUUAUAAUGAUGAUUAUUAUAAUGAUGAUUAUUAUGAUGAUGAUUAUUAUAAUGAUGAUUACUAUGAUGAUGAUUACUAUAAUGAUGAUUACUACGAUGAUACAUUAAAUAUCAAACCUACUUUGGAUAACCCCAAUAUAUAUAAUCCCUUAAACAAACAAAGAAGAAGAAAAAGAAAAACUAUACAGCCAAGAACAAGGAUAAAUCAAAAUUUAAACACAAACAUUAACCUUCCAGGAAAUAGUAAAAUAAACUCAGAUGUUAUGCUAAAUACAAAUAUAAAUAUGAAUGAUCACAUACAUGAAGAAAGUAUAAGACAUAUCAGAAGAGGUAAAAGACGAAGAAUACGAAGUCGAAGAAGAAGAAGACGAAGACAAAGACCAGAAGAAGUAGGAGUAGGAGAGCAUAACGAGGUGAGGACAGGACAUGUUACAAAAAUAAGAAAUUCCUCAAAAACAAAAAAUAAAAUUAUCACAAGAACAAGGAAACGAGAAAAAACUAAUAUAUUAUUAAAUAAUAAAGAACAUAUGAGUAUUAAAGAAGAUGUGAAUAUUAAAGAACAUAUAAAUCUUAAAGAAGAUAUGACUACACGUCUAAGGUCGGGCGCAAGAUUAAGAAUAAGAGAAAGAACAGCAAGUGUAAGUAGUAAUGGAAGUAAUAAACAUAAUAAUAUAUUACCGGAUGGAAAUAAAAUUAUUACAUAUAUACCAAAUAAAAAUUACGGUGAAAUGUUCAACACAACAAAUAAUGAUACAUACUUAAAUAAUGUUCAAGCUAAUAAAAUGAUACACAAUAAUAUUAAGGAAAGCCAAUAUAUACAUAAUGGUAAUACAAAUAUGGAAAAUAUUAAUGAACACAAUGUAUUGAUAUCUUCACAUAUGAAUAUGGAGAACAUUCAAAAUGUUAUCAUGUCUAAUCAUGUAAAAAAAAAGAAGAGUAUCCAUUAUUAUGAUAAUAAUAAUAAUAAUAAAAGUGAUAUGGAUUAUAAUAGCAACAUGGACAAUAAUAAUAAUAAUAAUAAUAAUAAUAAUAAUAAUGUUAUGCACAUAGACCAUUAUAAUAAUAGUUAUAAUAAUAAUGAAGACGAUCUUACACAUGUUAAUAAAUCCUCUUAUAAGAAUCAUCAAAUUAUAGAUAAAAUGAUUAAUGCAAAAAAAGAAAGAAGAAAAAAAUUGCUAAACAAAAUUAGAUUGUAUAUUACCAGAUAUAAAAUUUUAAGUAAGACAAAAAUUAAAAAUAAAUUCCCGAGUGUAUCACAAUAUGAAAUAGAUAAAAUAUUAGAUGAAUUAUUACAUGACAAUAUUAUCAAAACCAAUGCAAAUAGCCUUUUUAAAUUUGUUGAUAAAAAUGAAAGUAAUGAAGAAGGUAUUAUAAAUAUAAAUACAUAUGACAAAGAAAAAAUCCAUCAUGAGAUAAAUGAAAAUAUGCAAGAGCAAAAAUUAAUUAUACCAAAUCAUGACCAUUUGUUAAAUAAUAUACAAGAUAAAAAUGGUGGCAACAUUAUUUAUAAUAAUAAUAAUAUUUCAAAACGACAGCAGCAAAAAGGAAAAGAACAUAAAGAAGAUGAACAUAAAAAGGAACAACAUAAAAAGGAAGAACAUAAAGAAGAUGAACAUAAAAAGGAAGAACAUAAAGAAAAUGAACAUAAAAAGGAAGAGCAUAAAGAAGAAGAACAUAAAGAAGAAGAACAUAAAGAAGAAGAACAUAAAGAAGAAGAACAUAAAGAAGAUGAACAUCAACAUGUACAACAUCAACAUGUACAACAUCAACAUGUACAACAUCAACAUGUACAACAUCAACAUAAACAACAUCAUCAUAAACUUGUUAAUAAUAAGGAUGACCAAAUUAAUAAUGAUAUCCAAAAAUUAUACAAUGAUGUUCAUAAUAUGUGCAUUAAAACAAAAUAUGUUAAUAAAGAUAUUAUUACUAAAGGACUUGGUAUAUAUCCUUUACUAGCGAAACCAUUACUACAUAGACUUAUUAAAGAAAAUAUAAUUAAAGAAAAAUUUAUAAAAAAUAAAGGAUAUGAAAGUAAUAUAUAUAUACCCAUGCAAAAUACAUUUAACAAAAAGAAUAAUAAAGACGUCCUAAGGUGUGAUACUAUGUCCACUACAAAUUCGACAAACGACGAAGAGGAUAAUGAAAAAAAAAAUAAAGUAAGUAAAUAA